CGCUGUUUAUAGAACUGAAAAUGCCCCUCUGCGCGACAUGUGAUAGUGUGGACGUUCUUAAUCUCCUUCUUAUCUGCCUUUCGCAAUGUCGAGACAAACAGGAAGCUCUGUCCGACGGCGAGACUUAUGAUAACAGACUCAAAAACUAUGAGGGAUCCGAAGUUAAGCACCACGGCGACAUUUUCGAGGUUGAGAAAUCAAGCAAAGACUGUGAUCUUUGCGAAGCCAUAUUUCAAGCCUUUAAGAGAACCAAUGUUCAAGAUGCAGAAGUUGCAAGAGGGUUGCAGAUUAUCUUUCGUGCAUCCUGCAACAAAAUUGAAGUAUGUUAUAAUACGGAUGCCAAGGAAGGAUUGAUUAAACUAUGCGGCCUUGAUGUGUAUAUGGAUGAGCCCGAUGUCGAAAAACUUUUCCGGGUAGGCCAAAUAAAAGAGGACAAGUCGCCUCCUCUUUUGAAGAUAAUGGAGAAGGACCCAGGCUCCGGAAGAUCAUUUGAAAUUGCUUCCCGCUGGUUGAAAAACUGUGUUGAGAGCCAUUCCUCUUGCAGGCCUCCUACAGAGCUCCAGAAACCGCCCAGACGCCUGAUUCACGUCGGCAAUGAAACUCAGAAUCCCUUUCUGGUAGAAACCUUCCCUGAUCUCCAACACGUGGAAUGGCUUUCGCUAAGCUACUGCUGGGGAGGAGAGCCUUCGUUGAAACUCACCGAUGACACUAUGAAUGAUUUGAAGAAUGGAAUCCCUUUGGCCAAAUUCGAUGCUACGAUUCAAGACGCGGUAUUAGUCACUCGAGCUUUGGGAAUCUCGUACAUUUGGAUUGAUGCACUUUGCAUCAUCCAGGGUGGUAGCGAGUGGAGCGAAGAGGCUUCCAAGAUGAAUGAAAUCUAUGGAGGAUCAACAGUGACUCUUGUCAUUGCCAGUUCAUGUUCUGUAAAGAAAGGAUUCCUGAAGGAACGCGACCUCAACUACAUUCCUGUUGCAUAUCCCAUCGAUCUAGCGGAAGACCAUAGAGCAAAAAUAUUCUUAUCACCAGAAUGGGACGAUAGUAAACGCGAAUAUAACGGGCCCUGGAGUAACCGGGGAUGGACGAUGCAAGAAGGAUUACUCCCCAAUCGUUUACUGCACUACACAUCUUCUCAAGUUAUUUGGAAAUGCUGUGAGGAACAGAGAUUCGAAAGGGGUGUAACAGAACGUGUCGAAGACAGAAUAUCUGAAACCUUGACCUACUCUGAUUAUGACGACAUAGCAUUUGGAUCUGGAUUUCUCUGGCAAUUACCGGCAUUCCUGAAAUUCAAAAGAUUUAAAUCCCAUUUACCCAUCAGCUUGGAUUAUCCAUUGAUGUCACACUCAGACACAUUUCGUUUGUGGUACGACCUAGUCGAGGAUUUUACCCCGAGAAGGUUUACAGAGAUCAGCGAUCGUCUCGUGGCCAUCUCAGGCCUGGCUAGAAUGUAUGGCGACAUGAUUCGAAACCCUACAUAUGUGGCUGGACUGUGGAAAGAGGACCUCAUUCGGGGGCUUUUAUGGCAUGUUGAAGGCACAACGCUCAUUCCUAAGCGUUCUGCAAACGAUAUUCUAGAUUUUCGUAAGAAUUUUCCGGAUUUCCCAUCCUGGAGCUGGGCCAGUGUUGGAUAUGAGGUUGUUAAAAAUGACUUGAAGACUGAUAAUAGUCUCGGUGCUUUGUCAGAAAUCGAGAGCAUACAGAUCGGUCGUGUUGACCCAUGGGAUCCCUUUGGUGCUGUGAAAAGUGGCAGUGUCACUAUUACUGGCCCUUUGAGGAGACUGCCAAGGCUUUAUAACAAGGAAUGGGUCUCGGCAGAAGCAUCGAUGUCAAAACUUGAGCGCCAUAUUUCUGAAAUCGUCGAGAAGGAAAGCCAAGAAAGUAUUGCACAAAGAUACUCUUCUCCACCCGGAGGUCACUUUAGUGUCCUGCGGAUGCUUGGAUGCACAGGUUUGCUGUAUCUACUUGUGUUGGAAGCCAAUGGUAGAAUUCUAAAUGGCAUCAAUGUAUAUCGUCGAUGCGGGAUACUCAAACUCUGGUAUAUUGAUCCUUCAAGUUACGCAUCGCCGGAGCUUAUUGCUACAUUGAAGAACAUGGAAACUUCAAUUACUGCGCAGCUCGGUCUGCAUAAGGAGACAAGCAAGACGCAAAAGAUUCCUAGCGCUGUAUUUAUGGAGGUAGAGAGAGAGAACUGGGUGAAGGAAACAGUGAUAAUAGUCUAAAAGAGAGCUGAAUCUCUAUCUCACUAAUCCGUGGCAUUGGUUAUGAACUUUCGCAGUUUUAUAAGAAAGUCACUGAGUAGAAUGAGGCUAGUUAGGUGCUACUAAAGCCCCAC